AGUACACGCGGCCGCUGAAUCCCGGUGGCCGCUCUCAGGUUUCUGGUCAACUCUGGUGUCGUCUUCAGAGAGAUUUCUCUUUGGAAGAUAGUUUUUUAUAGCUAAUUAAUUGAAAAAACGAAAUCAUUAUUACAAUAUGGUUCUAUUGGAAUAUGCGAAAAAUGCAUUACCAAUCGUUCAACGAACCCUUAUGCAAAGACAUUUCCAUGCAAGUGCAGUUUUCAAUAAAUCACAAUCUGGACGCUACAAAAUCACGCUUAAACGAGACAGACCACUGACGUAUGAAAUGGCAAAUCCACCUCACUAUCUCGCUCAUAGGAAAAGCUGGAAUGCUUGGAAUACAUCAAAUAUAAAGGAUGGCAAUAGACCAUCUGAGACAGCUGUAGAAGAUAUGUUUAUUCGACAAUUUAUGAGAGGAACGUGGCAUAAUUUGUUUGCAAGCGAAGUUAUUAUUAAGCGACAACAUAAUAUUAUUAGGAUAGCUGGUAUUAUCACUCGUACUAUAGCACCCUAUAAAAUAUAUUUCUUAACUGGCUACACUGAAGAACUCUUGAGCUAUUGGCUGCAGUGUCCUAUUAAAAUCGAAUUAGUUACAACUGAUAGUAAAAAAGAUGUGAUAUUCAAGUAUAUAUAAGUACAUAGUAUACACAUUUGUAAAUAAAAUAAACU